GAAAAAUGAAAUUUGUAUUGCUCAAAGACUAUAAUGAAAUCUCAACUUUUGCGGCUGAAUUUGUUUGUAAAAGAAUUGUUGAUUUUUGUAAAGAAAAUGAAAAUAAUAAGAAAUUUUUUGUUUUGGGUCUUCCUACAGGUUUGGAAAAUUUUUUUUUGAGACUUUUGGGAACUGGGCAAGGUAGCGCAUGCUCAAGUUAUCGCAGAGCUAUAACUUAUUGCAAUAUUGUCAAGUCAUGGGCGCCAUGGUAUGGGUUGAUUAAGUUGGACGAGCCGCAUCGAACCAUACCAAGGCGCCACGGAUUCUACAAUUUUGAACAAAGGUAUAGCUUGGCGAUACAUUGGGCUCGCGGUACAUCUACACCAAUCGGAAUGUAUUCAAAACUUGUUGAAUUUUGCAAAAUGGGAAAAAUUUCAUUUAAACGUGUAAAAACUUUUAAUAUGGAUGAAUAUGUUGGAAUUUCUCCUCUACAUCCACAAAGUUAUCGACAUUUUAUGUUUGAAAAUUUAUUUAGUCAUAUUGACAUUGAUCCUUUAAACAUUGACAUUCCAAAUGGGCAAGCACCUUCUCUUUUAGAUGAAUGCAAUCGUUAUGAAGAAGCAAUUCGAACUGCUGGAGGAAUUGAUUUAUUUGUUUCUGGCAUUGGAUCAGAUGGACAUUUAGCUUUUAAUGAACCUGGCAGCAGUCUAAACAGUCGAACACGUGUCCAGGCACUUAAUAAUGAAACAAUUCUAGCAAAUUCGCGUUUCUUUCAAAAUGAUUGUAGUCAAGUUCCUAUAAAGGCAAUAACUGUUGGUGUUGGCACUUUAAUGGAAGCUAAAGAGAUUUUGGUUCUGGCAAGUGGUUCUCAUAAAGCUUUAGCUGUACACAAGGCUGUAGAAAAGGGAAUUUCUCAUAUGUGCACUGCUAGUGCUUUGCAAUCACACAAUAAUUGUAUUUGGUUGGUGGAUGAGGAAGCCUCUCAAGAAUUAAAAGUCAAAACUGUCAAUUUUUACCGUUCUCAAUUUCCCGAAUAUCUUAAAAUUUUAUCAAAUAUAACACCACCAUUGCAUCAACAACCCUGUAACAUUACUAACAACCACAACAAUAAAAACUGCUUAAAUUAA